AUGCGAUUGGAAAAAGAAGAAAGGGAAUUUGCUAAAUGGAUCCUUGAGGUUGGUGAUGGAACAGCUGAUACCAUCCUCUCUCAUACGAGCAGCAAUGAAGAGGGUGAACAAAUUGUUGUGGACCAAAGAUUCAUGAUCCCUUCAACAGAUAAACCACACGAAGCACUAGCAGCUGCGGCAUAUCCUGACUUCCUUCAUAAUUAUCGGAACAAGAAGUACUUGACAGAGAGAGCGGUGCUGACACCUACAAAUAGUACUGUUCAUGAGCUAAAUGCAUACAUGCUGUCCCAAGUUCCCUCACAAGCUAAAGAGUAUUUGAGCUCCGAUUCCGUUGAGCUGGAGGCCACACCAGAAGAUGAUUGGAGUAGCCACUAUACUCAAGAGUAUCUUAAUUCUCUUGAGUUCUCUGGACUGCCUAACCACAGACUAUGCCUGAAGGUGGGGUCCCCGGUGAUGAUGCUGCGUAAUCUUAACCAAGCGUAUGGGUUAUGCAAUGGGACACGGAUGAUAGUCAGUCGUGUAGGUGACAGGAUAGUAGAAGUUGAGAUCAUGACUGGCACACAAGUAGGCAAAACAGUGUUGAUCCCUCGAAUACAGCUUUCUCCUCUUGACACCGUGCAUCCAUUCACGUUUUGCCGCCGUCAGUAUCCUCUGCGCUUAUGCUACGCAAUGACAAUCAAUAAAAGUCAGGGACAAAGUCUCAAACAAGCUGCUUUGUACCUCCCUAGAUCGGUCUUCACCCAUGGCCAGUUGUACGUAGCUUUAUCUAGAGUGACAUCACCAGAGGGGCUUAAGAUAUUAGACGAUUCUUCUGAUUCGGACGGUACGGACGGAGUAAGAAAUAUUGUGUACAAAGAGAUCUUCCAGGGCCUCUGUGACAGAAAGGUUUACAUUCAAGUGAUUUUCUUAAUAUGUCAGUCUCAUACGGAUUGUUUCGACUAA